GGGACGGAGGCACCGGCGGACGCGGCGUGGACGGCCGAGAUGCUGGGCGUGGCGGCCGGGAUGACCAACAGGUUUAUGGUUGAGGUGGGAACUGUGUACUAGCUGUCACCACUUCUGUGGCUAGAAGGAAGGAGCAGUAUCCUCAAGGACUUACAUCAGCGUGGACAGAAGGAAGCAUACUGAACCGAGUUCUUAGGAGGACAUGAGUCACUGUCUUGUUUCAGGCUGGAUCUCCGGCUAAAUUCAACAUGGCCAAUGCCUUGGCCAGUGCCACGUGUGAGCGCUGCAAGGGAGGCUUUGCGCCUGCUGAGAAGAUCGUGAACAGUAAUGGUGAGCUGUACCAUGAGCAGUGCUUCGUGUGUGCCCAGUGCUUCCAGCAGUUCCCAGAAGGACUCUUCUAUGAGUUUGAAGGAAGGAAGUAUUGUGAACAUGAUUUCCAGAUGCUCUUUGCUCCCUGCUGCCACCAGUGUGGUGAAUUCAUCAUUGGUCGGGUUAUUAAAGCCAUGAACAACAGCUGGCAUCCUGAGUGCUUUCGAUGUGACCUCUGCCAGGAAGUGCUGGCAGACAUUGGGUUUGUCAAGAAUGCUGGCAGACACCUGUGUCGUCCAUGCCAUAACCGUGAAAAGGCCAGAGGCCUUGGAAAAUACAUCUGCCAGAAAUGCCAUGCCAUCAUUGAUGAGCAACCUCUGAUCUUCAAGAAUGACCCUUACCAUCCAGACCACUUCAACUGUGCCAACUGCGGGAAGGAGCUGACUGCUGAUGCCCGGGAGCUGAAGGGAGAGCUGUACUGUCUGCCAUGUCAUGAUAAGAUGGGGGUCCCUAUCUGUGGCGCCUGUCGGAGGCCCAUUGAAGGGCGAGUGGUGAAUGCCAUGGGCAAGCAAUGGCAUGUGGAGCAUUUUGUUUGUGCCAAAUGUGAAAAGCCAUUUCUUGGACAUCGCCAUUAUGAGAGGAAGGGCUUGGCCUAUUGCGAAACUCACUAUAAUCAGCUAUUUGGUGAUGUUUGUUUCCACUGCAACCGUGUCAUAGAAGGAGAUGUGGUCUCUGCGCUCAACAAGGCCUGGUGUGUGAGCUGCUUUGCCUGUUCCACCUGCAAUACCAAAUUGACGCUCAAGAAUAAAUUUGUGGAGUUUGACAUGAAACCGGUCUGCAAGAAGUGCUAUGAGAAAUUUCCAUUGGAGCUGAAGAAAAGACUUAAGAAACUAGCUGAGACCUUAGGAAGGAAGUAACUUCUGGUUUAACCAAUAUUACUUAACAUGAUCCACCCUUAACUAAAGAUGUAUCAAAGCAUUAGAGAGAAUGUUUUUUUUUUUUCAUUUUCCUUUUCUGAUUUAAAAAGAAAAAAAUGUUUAUUCCUAUGUAAAACACA